AUGGACGAGGCCGCGAACUUGUUCUGCAAUAUAUGUGGGGGUCCUCCAACAUACAAAAACCUCAUUAAACGGUCCUCACUCCAGUAUCUUGACCAAGAGAACCAACUUGGCGAGCAUGAGGCAUACGAUGAUUACUGCAAUUGUGGAGGGCAACAGGAGCAAGCACUGCAAGAAUGGCAGUCGAGUACUCUAGUACAAGCUAAGAUUGGUGACCAGGAUGGACAUUCGAGCUUCUGCAAUGCCAUGUUGGGAUAUGAUGCGAGAGAUAUCUCCUUGAAAGACAUCAAGUGGCUUGGUGAUGUUCGCCUGGUAGCCCAUCGAAUUCCAGAGGCUGAGCUCUUCACCGAAAACGAUUCGGCGGACUUGCCCAUAGUAUCGCCUCUUGGGCAACACGUUGAUCCACAGUCCGGCCACUUCUUCUAUCCCCGCCCGUACGGCGAAGAUCCAAGGUCGAACAUCCUAGAAUGCAAUAAGGAUGGGUUUUUGGUUCACGAUGCAUGCUUGGAAAUUUUCAAGCGUGUAUGUCGUGAUACAAACCCAGCCAUGCGACCGAUAGAUCUACGGAAUUUCGUCUCAGUUAUGGAACUGGGCUUGGAGGAUCGCAACCGUGACUCUUUCGAUUGGGGAUAUGGUGAUACAUUUAGUGAGGGGCCUCGUUUUGAGUUUGAGGGUUGGGUUCCAUGGGAAGAUUCCGAGGUUUGCGAAACCAUCUCCCAGCGAUAG